AUGGCAUCCAAGAGUAAUGCUCGGGCGAGAUCCAAUCCGGCCCCUCUGGACAGAAGAUCCGAUUUGGUGCUCAAGUGCGAGUAUCAGAUCUGGCACAUGAGGAGCAAAAACCUCUACCAGCGGUCAGCCUGGUUCCGCAAGAUCCAGGAUGAACAUCCCGAGCAAAUCCGCCAUGGCGUGUUGACGAUUGAAGAAACCAGCCCGGCUCGCCUCGACUGGGCGAUCAAGUACAUGGAUACCGGUGAGGCGGAAGUUGAAAACGUUGCUGGCUUCGGCUCGGGCUUCUUUGGCCCAUAUAUGAAGGGGUACGAGCUGGCCUGCUUUCUCGGCAUGGAGGACCUCAAGGGGACGGUGGCCGGGGAGUUGGCGGACAAGCUCGCCCGCGUCGCCGUCAUCUUGCAGGUCGAGUCCGUGCGGCAGAUCAUCGACGAUGGCCUCAUCCGGAGCUUUGGCAUCACCAGCGCCGAGUUCUACGCCGAGUAUGCCCUCGCGAUCCGGCAGGACUACGACCGUGAGAAGCCGCCCCAGGACGACCCCAUGCGCGAGGCGCUCCUCGAGUUCGGCGCCAGGACCUACGCCGCAGGGCAGGAGGAUGUGCAGUUCCGGCGCAGCCUGGCUCGGAUGCCGGACUUUGAGUCGGACGCGCAGGCCAGGUCUCGCCGGAUCGUGGUCGACGGUCUCAACAUCGCGACCCUCAAGUGUGGCCUGUGCGACAAGUUCCUGUUCGAGGACGGCAUGAGGCAUCUUGCUCGCGCCGAGCCGGGGAACGCAGGCGGUCGGGGCCAUGUGCUCAUGUGUUCUGUCUGCUACGACAGGAUGUGGGCUAGCGGAGCGGAGGAGGAGGCGGCCAGGAAUGAAGACAGAGGCAGUGAUGGAAGUCCGGUAUUUAUCUGA